AUGAAGAGGUCAUGUAGUUGUAGGGGUUAUUACUUCUGGCUAAUCAAUAUGUUCCUUAUGCUUUUGGCAGUAAGGUCCCAACUGACAACAGAUUUCUAUAAGUCAUCAUGUCCUAGCCUCUUCAAAAUAGUAAGGAAAGAGGUUCAAAAAGCUUUAAUGAAUGAGAUGCGAAUGGGUGCUUCUUUGCUUCGUCUUCACUUUCAUGAUUGCUUUGUGAAUGGUUGUGACGGAUCAAUACUGCUAGAUGGUGGUGACGAUAGUGAAAAAUCUGCUCUUCCUAACCUGAACUCUGCUAGGGGAUUUGAUGUUGUAGACACAAUCAAAAGCUCCGUGGAGAGUGCAUGCAGUGGGGUUGUCUCCUGUGCCGAUAUAUUAACCAUCGCUGCCAGAGAAUCUGUUUUCCUAAGUGGUGGUCCUUUCUGGAAUGUUGUACUCGGACGAAGAGAUGGAACAGUCUCGAAUGGAACACUGGCAAAUGCGGUGCUUCCUUCGCCAUUUGAUACAAUGGAUACUAUUGUUUCAAAGUUCACAAAUGCAGGCCUUAAUCUCACAGACGUUGUUUCAUUAUCUGGUGCUCAUACUAUUGGACGAGCAAGGUGUGUACUGUUUAGCAAUAGAUUGUUCAACUUCUCAGGAACAGGUGCACCAGACAGUACACUAGACAUUUCUAUGCUUGCUGACUUGCAAAUUCUGUGUCCUCAAAAUGGAGAUGGAAACGUAACUACUGUCCUUGACCGAAACUCUUCGGAUCUAUUUGACAACCACUACUUUAAGAACUUGCUCAGUGGAAAGGGCCUUCUAAGUUCUGAUCAGAUUUUAUUUUCUAGCGAUGAGGCUACUUCAACUACUAAACCUUUGGUCCAGAGCUACAGUAACGAUAGUGGUCUUUUCUUUGGGGACUUUGUCAAUUCUAUGAUCAAGAUGGGGAAUAUAAAUCCGAAGACUGGGUCUGAUGGAGAGAUUAGGAAGAACUGCAGAGUUAUAAAUUCAUAG